UGGGGUUUCACUCAACCUUCAGUGCGGUUGUAAUAUUAGAAGGCUUGGCUGAGGAUUGGACAUUUAUUUAUACGGUGACUUGAUAGCUCUUAAAAAUAGCCCUGAAUAAAAUGCGGUGGUCUUAUUGGGACGGCCAAUUUCCUGAUUUCAAGCCUCCCAUUCACGCAGACAGGGAUUUCUACUCAAGGGCAAGAAAUGGAAGUUCUCAAACAAUAAAAAGCUGUAGCUGCUGCUGCUGCUGCUGAAGAUGUCCAGCAGUUGUCCCGAUUCAGAAGACAAGCCGCCAGCCCCUCCCAUGCGGAAUACAAGCACCAUGAUCUGCUCCAGCGGCAAAGAUGUAGGGACUCUCAACCACGGUUCGAAACCCCUGCCCCCUAACCCGGAAGAGAAGAAAAGGAGAGAUCGUUUUUAUCGCUCCAUUCUGCCGGGAGACAAAGCCAGCAAGAAGAAGGAGAAGGAACGGCCAGAGAUCUCUCUCCCGUCAGACUUCGAACACACGAUCCACGUUGGAUUUGACGCUGUGACAGGCGAAUUUACAGGCAUGCCAGAGCAAUGGGCCCGCUUGCUGCAGACGUCCAACAUCACCAAACUGGAGCAAAAGAAGAAUCCUCAAGCCGUGCUAGAUGUGCUGGAAUUCUACAAUUCCAAAAAGACAACCAACAGCCAGAAAUAUAUGAGUUUCACAGAUAAAUCUGCAGAAGAUUACAACUCCUCAAAUACUCUGAAUGUGAAGGCCGUGUCGGAAACUCCAGCCGUGCCCUCUGUUUCGGAAGAUGACGACGACGACGAAGCUCUCCCCCCGCCGGUCAUCGCCCCUCGGCCUGAACACACGAAGUCGAUUUACACCCGCUCCGUGAUCGAACCUCUUCCUCCAGCCCCCACCAGGGAUGUGACGACCUCUCCCAUCCCCUCCCCUUCCGAAAACAGCGUCACGCCCCCUGAUACACUGGCGAGAAAUGCCGAGAAACAGAAGAAAAAACCUAAAAUGACCGAUGAAGAAAUCCUGGAAAAAUUGAGAGGCAUCGUGAGCAUUGGGGAUCCCAAGAAGAAAUAUACCAGUUUUGAGAAGAUUGGACAAGGGGCUUCAGGUACGGUUUACACAGCGAUGGAUGUAGCAACUGCACAAGAGGUUGCCAUCAAACAGAUGAAUUUGCAGCAGCAGCCGAAGAAGGAGCUGAUCAUUAAUGAAAUUCUCGUCAUGAGGGAAAACAAGAACCCCAACAUUGUCAAUUACCUGGACAGUUACCUGGUGGGAGAUGAGCUGUGGGUGGUCAUGGAGUAUUUGGCUGGCGGUUCCUUGACAGACGUGGUAACGGAGACCUGCAUGGAUGAAGGACAGAUAGCUGCCGUUUGCCGUGAGUGUCUUCAAGCGCUGGAAUUCCUUCACUGCAACCAAGUCAUCCAUCGGGACAUCAAGAGUGACAACAUCCUGCUUGGAAUGGACGGGUCUGUCAAGCUAACUGAUUUUGGCUUUUGUGCCCAAAUCACUCCGGAGCAGAGUAAGCGCAGCACCAUGGUGGGGACGCCAUAUUGGAUGGCUCCCGAAGUGGUCACGAGGAAAGCCUACGGCCCCAAGGUGGACAUCUGGUCUCUGGGCAUUAUGGCCAUUGAGAUGGUGGAGGGGGAACCCCCGUACCUCAACGAGAAUCCCCUGCGGGCCCUGUAUCUCAUUGCCACCAACGGGACCCCAGAGCUACAAAACCCAGAGAAGCUCUCUCCCAUAUUCAGAGACUUCCUUAAUCGCUGCCUGGAAAUGGAUGUGGAGAAGAGAGGUUCUGCGAAAGAGCUCCUCCAGCACCAGUUCCUGAAAAUUGCCAAGCCCCUGUCCAGCCUCACCCCUCUGAUCGUUGCGGCGAAAGAGGCCACGAAGAACAACCACUGAAAAAAAACAACAACACAACCACACCAGCUGUUUCCGAAUCCUUCCGCUAACGGUUUCUGUUUUAUCCUUUGGAUUUUCUUUCUUCUUUUAAGAGACCAUUUUUAAAAAAGUUCCUCUUUUGGGAUUUCUGCCCUAUGCAGAAGCCUUUUAAUCUUUUUUAAUUUUUUUUUGGGGGGGGGGGGGGUAACUGGAAUUGUGAAAAUUGGACGGAGAAUUCAGAAACCGACGUACGGCACGGAGUAACUCUGAACUUUGUUGCAAGACCCCGUGAAAAGGUUGUUCUGAUCUCAACCGUUGCGUUCUUGCCAAAAACGAACCCUGCGGGCUUGUUGAUCUUUUAAUGUACGGAUUUCGGAACGAAAAGGAAGAAUAUUCCGCAGAAACUUUUUAAAUGACUUUUUUUUUUUCCUAAGCAAGAUACAGUUCUUUAGGCGUUCUUUAUUACCUCUCAGAAAGCCUGGUUCUUAAAACUACUGAAAGUUUGUUUUAAAUUACUUGAAAACUAGGACAGGCAAAAGAGAAACGCGGACGGUUUUUAUAAUCUCAAGGGGAAGAGGUUGAUGUAUAUCCUCUGAUUCCGCUGGAUGUUUGGACAAAGUUUGCAUGCGUCAAAGAUUGAAGUUAGUUAGGAUGAAUACUACCAUCCCCACCCUCCCACCCCUUUUUGGAAGAUUAAUUAAUCGGUGAUGAUCAUGCAAUGUGUUUGGGGUUUUGUGUGAGUUGUAUGUGUGUUUAUACCCCUAUGUGUGUGAGUGUGUGUAUGAGAAAGAAAUUGUCCUCUUAAUUAAAUCCCGACGGCUUCCCCCCCCCCCCAAUCCUAACCUGCAGUUUAGAUCUGCCUAAUCUGCCUUGUUUGGUUAAUAGAUUAGAACAGGACUUUCCGGAUGGAUUGGGACUUCAGUUCCCAGAAUCCCUCUUGAGCAAAGGAAUUAUGGGAGUUGAAGUCCAGGGCAGCUGGAAAGUGCCACGGAUGGGGGAAAGCUGCUGCAAGUGGUCUUAGUUUUUUUAUGAGAUUAAAUAAUACAGAAAUUUGCUCCUUUGACCCUUUCUUAAAAAAUAGGGCUACGCAAAUCCUGAGAAUUGCAGUGAAGAAAAAGGUUGGUUUUGAGGGAGUAUUUCUUUGCUGCUUCUAGCUCUGGUAAAGAAUAUCGUGGUUUCCCAUUUUGAAAUUUGAAAAAAAAAAACAAAAAACCCCCGACUCUGUAUAUCAGGACUUGUUUAUCUGGGCCUUUGAGCUGCUGAGAAUUCAGUCUUUACAGAUCCAGGUACGGGUGAGGCAUCGGGCAUACCAGGAGCUUUUGUGUAGAAAAACCUUGUAAUUUGUGCGAUACGAAAGCGAUGGAUGCCAAAUCAGGUUUUGAAUAAACUAGAUUGUGGAUGUUUCA